UCUCUGCCAACCGACACGUAAGCAUUCAGUCGGCUCGUGUAGUGGUAGGGUCGCUUUAUACGUUCGAUAACGAAGAAUUGACUUAUUUUAUUGUGAAUUGGAGUGUCUUUAAACUUUCUUUUAGUGUAAAAGUGUUGGUGACUCCACAGAAAGUGUUUGUGUUCCAACUAAUCAAGUGUUUCUGACUUAAUUUUUUCCCCGCCAGUUUAAAUUGAGCCUGUAAACUGACAAGUUGCGAUUGACAUAACUGAAAACAGCAGAGCAUCAAGAAACGUCAACAGCGAGCAAGCAGACGAGUUUAUAUCUUCUGGAUAAGAAACCUGUCCGCGUGUGUGUUCAGUGUAUCAGAUCGUUCAGCAGGGUGAAGUGACGCCAUUAAAUUUCAUUAUAAUUUCUAUAAAUCUGAAAUAUUUAUACGUGUAUUAUCGCCGAAUACUAAAAUAAGUAAAGCAGGAAUCAUCUGUGAUAUAACUAGUUUUAAUUAGUGUUUUGGUGGAUUGUUGUUAGAUUUAUGCAAAAUUUUUUUUAUUAUUUUCUAUUUAAUAAUAUUCAUUACACCACAGUGUAAUUUAUGUAUCAGGUAGCGAUAACAAAGCAUUUUAUAAAAUAUAAUAAAAUCAGUGCUUCGUUAGGUGCUCUGAAAUAAGUGACUUUAUGAUCUAAACGUGUAUGUGAUAUUACUCCCUCCUAAAGCUAAGUGACUGUGAUUGGACAGCACGGUGUUACGUAAUUGUCGUCGAUGCGGGCUACUCCGUCUUCUGUACUUCCAGUUUCGUUAUUAGUCAUCUUUGUGCCUCUUAUUUGCUGACACCUUUGCUGUGGAGGCGUUCUACCCUCCUGCUGGUUAUUGUCCCAUGUUGAAGGCUAUGGUCGCAGGACAGGCAGUGGAAACUCAUAAUGACAUGUAUUGCUCUCAAUAUGACUACUACCACGAAUAUUACCCUCAGCAACCGGAGCUCUGCCCCGCACAUACGCAACUCUGCACCGUCCAUGGAGAGUACGGACCGGUGACUGUGCCCAUGGUGUCAACGAAUUCAUCGCCCCCCAUCGCGAUGCCGGUGCAAGUGCCCCCCGGUCACGUGGUCCAGCAGAUUGUAGACGAGAGCGGAACGCUGCGACACGUGAUUCUGUCCCCGCAACCCCCCAUCGUCCCUAUGCCUCCAGCUCACUACGGACCAGGGCCAGGGACCAGUACAAACCAACCUCCACAACCAUUCUUUGCACCACAAGGCCUGCCCCCAGGAUAUCCACCUCCACAUUUUGGCCAUGGAAGUGCUAUGCAGCCAGGCGUCAUGGGACAUGUUCCUCCAUCUGCACAGCAGGGACACUCACCACCUCCACCACCACCACAUAAUUUCAAGGAUGAGAGGACACAGCGUCAGUAUAUCAAGCUGAAGAAAAAGCUGGAGCAGAAACAUAUGCGAGGAGACAGUCUUAGUAUUGCCUCUUCACAAGUCACACCACCUAUCUCUCCCAGAAAAGAACUGGUGAAUGGUAUGCGGCGGGGCAAGGAGCGUGGAAUAAGUAGUGUUGGGACUUCGGAAGACGGUGAAGAAAGCAGUAGUAUACAGGAUGAGGAGGAGGAUGUGCAUCUCAUUGUGGAGAUGUUGUCCACUGUCAAAUCUCCACAGGUUACAGAAUUAACCUCGCGUAGUGCCUUACUCCAAUGGUCACCCCCAGAACGAUUUAGUGAAGCUUCCACUUUCGAAGGAAAAAGCUCUGAAUGUGACUUUUCGGAAGCAGACCUCCGUUAUGAGGUGUUGCUGAGUGACAAGGGGAAGGAAGGAAAAUAUAAGUCAAUAUACAGUGGGAUUUCCCUUUCUUGCAGGAUUGAAGAUCUGAGGCCUGGGACAGAAUACUCAGUAUGUCUGCAGGUCCAGCUUGAAGAACUGCAAGGUUCAGUAUCAGAGCCUACAACCUUCACAACUCCGCCCUGUGAACCUGAUCAGCCACAGCCCCCCAAACUAAUCACCCGUUCUCGUACUAGCCUUCAACUCAGAUGGAAUGCAGCUGGAGACAAUGGGUCACACAUAACGCAGUACAUUUUAGAGUAUGAUGAAGGUAAAGGUGGAGAUUUUGUAGAAGUGUUCAAGAGCAGAGGAAAGCAACAUAAUCUUACCAAACUGCAAGCUUCAAUGUGUUACAGAUUCAGGCUGGCUGCAGUAAAUGAGUAUGGUAAAAGUUGUUAUUCAGACGUGGUACAGUUUUCAACAUCUGGAAGUCCCCCCAGCCAGCCUGCUCCACCAGUACUGAAAGAAGCCUCAAUCACCAGUCUCCAUCUGGCAUGGCAGAGACGUCAGGUCGAUGAUGACUUUUCAUUACAGAUGGAUCACAGAGAGCUGGGGCAUGGCUUCCUUCCAGUCUACAAUGGCAAAGACUUGCAUUAUGUCUGUGAGGGACUUCGCAGGCAUACAGAAUACUGGUUUCGACUUCGUGCUCACAAUGAGGAAGGCCCCUCGCGUUGGUCUGAUGAAGUCUGUUACCGCACACUACCAGACCAACCAGCUGCACCUCCCAGGCCUACUGUCAAGGGCCGCAUUCAUGCUCAGACAUUCAAAAUGAAGUGGGAUCCUCCAUCAGACCAGGGUGGUGCCGAUGUUACCACAUAUAUUUUAGAACUUGAUGGGGGAAGUGGGUUUGAAACUGUGUAUACAGGGCCAGAGACAGAAUUUAUUUGUGAUCAUUUGACUCCUGGCACUACAUACCAGCUGCGUGUUUCAUGCAUCAGUGCUGGAGGUCGUAGUAAUUGUUCAGACCCAUGCAUCGUGACUACAGAAGCUGUGUGUCCUGCAAAAUGCUCACCACCUCGCUUGCAUGGCAAACCACGUGCCACUACCCUUGCUCUCAAAUGGAGUUAUCCUGAGUAUGAUGGUGGAGCGCCACUUACGGAAUUUGAAGUUGAAAUGACAAGUCCAAACUCCAGCCAGGUGCAGACAUAUAGAGGGAAAGAUACUGACUGUACAUUUACAGAGCUCUCUCCAGGACAGACCUAUGUCUGCAAAGUUAGAACUUUCAAUAGGGUUGGGCCUGGUCUGUGGUCAGACAGCCUAGAGGUGAUGACUGGUGCUGCACCCCCUGACACCCCAAGCGAGCCUAUGGUUAUAUGCCGGUCCUCACAUCAUGCUGUUAUUCAGUGGGAUGAACCUUCCAGCAAUGGAGCACCAAUCACAGACUACCGGCUGGAGAUGAGUAUGACAGACAGAGAGCAGGAUUAUACUACAGUAUUCCAUGGCUUGAGUCACUCCUAUGAAGUGCGAAGCCUGGCUGCAGCCACUCCAUACUACUUUCGGAUACAGGCUUCUAACAGUGCUGGAUGGAGCGCAGUUUCAGCAGCAAGUCAAACCAUUACUCCCCCUUCAUCCCCUGCAGCCAUGUGUUUGCCUCGUUAUGUAGUUACACCAACCACCAUAAAGCUCUCCUGGCAGGAGCCUGCCUGCCAUGGUGCUGAUAUUCUUCAUUACAAUAUUGAUGUGGGCGAUCACAUCGAAUCAACUAUUGGACCAGCAGUGGAGCACACACUGGAUGGCCUAAUACCAGACACAAGUUACAGGCUGCGAGUACAGGCAGUAAACAAUGUGGGACCAGGGCCAUUCUCACCCGUCUUACGUGUAACAACCCUGUCACUCCCCCCUGCACCACCCAAACUUGAAUGUGCUGGUGUAGGACACAACUACUUGAAGCUCAAGUGGGGUGAUGGCAAGAACCCCAAUUUCACCCAAUAUACAGUUGAAUCAGACAAUACAUGGAUGAAGGAAUUUCAGUGUGUGUACCAAGGCACAAGUCAUAGCUGUAAAGUAAAUCGGCUGCAAGAAAUGACAGUGUAUAGGUUUCGAAUUGCAGCAGCUAAUGAUGCAGGCCAAGGAGAUUUUUCUGAAAUUCAGGAAUUCAGCACCUGCAUUGCACCACCCCCCUCUCUAAAAGCACCAAAAGUCAGUGAUAUUCAACAAAGGAGCUGUAUGAUUGAAUGGAAUUCGUGUAAACCUGUUGGUAGUGACCCAAUAAUAUAUCAAGUUCAGCUUUCACGGCUUCGAGACCAAGAGUAUAAACUAGUGUACAGAGGAGCUGAGACCAAAGUGCAACUCAAUGACCUCGAAUCAGGUGCAGACUACAAUGUUAGGGUUUGUCCUGUAAGGCAAGCAGAUAUCGGAAAUUUACCUGGUGCAUAUUCUCCACCAUCAACCUUUUCCACUUUGAUGCCAGAGUUAGUGACAACCACAGCUACGAAAACAGCUCUUGUGCAGGUAACUGAGAGGAAGCCACUGACAGAUCAGCAGUGGGCAUUGAUCAUUCUGUGCGGCUUUACUCUAUUUGCCGUGCUGACAGCUGUGGUGAUGCAGCAAGUGAUUCACUGGAGCAAAGCAGCGCCAUGAAGGGCUAAAGCGAAGCAACGUAUCUCCCAUGUUGCAUUCACCCCUGAUAUUCCACAUUAACCAUGAUAGCACAUAUAUUUUUAUCUUUAUUUUCUUCAUGGACCAUUUUAUAUUAUUAUUAUUAUUAUUAUUAUUAUUAUUAUUAUUAUUAACUGCUUUCCAACCAGGGCUUGUUGUACUAUUAGUGACAGAGGGAGGGAGAGAGAGAAGCUGAAGGUGUGGGCUUAGAAAGUGUUGGUAAAGUUUAUUAAACUAAUAGCUACAAAUAAACAAGGUACAUGGCAUUUUUAUCCUUUCUGGGCACUCAUGUCACUUCCAUUUAAUUCUUUAACUAAAUUCAUUCAACUGAAUUGUGUUAUCAUGACAUUGCUGUGAGUUGUGACUAAGUGACGAGUGGUGUGUUGUGAACCGUGAUUGGUGCUAAGAAGGAACAAACUUCAAUGCUUAGCUGUUGUCACCGUAUCCAGUGAUAAGCAAUGAGUCAGUCUUUGGAAGAAGGGUAAAAUGUAACUUACAAUUUCCAGUUUAUAAAUGACCAUAAGUUAUGUAACUGAAUUUCAUGUGCCACUGUCAAAUGUCAAUUAUAUCUCUCAUGAAGAACAGACUUCAUAUAACUUCCAAAAUUUUUAUAGAUUUGUUUUUUCAAUUCCAUUCACGAAAAGGAUCCAUGAAAUUUGUGCUGGUAUACCAAUGUUUCCAUUUUACCAUAUAUUUUCCAUAUUCUUUCAUCAGACAAAGAACUAACUCUUGGAUAUUACAUAAGGCAUACAGCUUUAAGUGUCUUGCUUUUGCUCAUAUAAUGUUGUUUCUACAGUUCCAUAGACCAUUGUCAUUAUGUGGUGUGGGUGUGGAACUCUGGUUGCACCUGGCUCAUGAGUGGUGGUUCUGUUAAUAGCACAUGCUCUUAACUUAACCAGUGAACCCAGUGCCUGCUUGAAGUGUAUGGUUGAUAAAAAUGUCAGCAUUUUCCUGCAGUAUGUUUUGUAAUAUGGUCAAAUUUGACUGUGGUUGUUUACUAUUGUUAUUAUUUGUAAGAAUUCAGAUUAAAUUUUGAUAUUGUUUCAUUAUUUGCCGAAUGACAGGUGAAGGAGGUGUUGAAUGAGAUGAUUAUUAUGAUUAGUAUUUGAGAUUUGGAUAUAUCAGGCCUAACUUAAUGUUAAUAUAUUUGUGUAUGGAAACUAUUUUGUUUGCAUCUGUCAUGUACUAAAUUACUUUUUUCAUAAAGCAUAUUUGCCUAUGCUGCAUGUUUAUAGCAGGCAAUAAUUCCAUUAUAUAUUGUCAAAAAUAUCUUCAAGGGUGCGUCGUCAUUGGAAAGUCACUGUAUUAAAAGUGUCAGUACUCCAGGAUCUUAUUUCUGAGGUGAUUCCCAUUCCUAAGUGUCAUAUGAACCUGGGUCCAGUUCUCAGUGGUUACAGAAAUAUGGGUACUUGAAAUUCAGGAUGAUUUGAAAAGCUGUAAUUAAAUUUUAUUAAAAGAAAAGAUUAAAGUACAAUUCAGUUUAAUAAAUAUUCAAAAUGGCCACCUUCAGUUUGGGUGCAUAGUCUGACUUGUUUGACCAUGGAACAUACAACAGAGUAUCGCGGUCAUUCAAGCAUCUCUUCUGUUCAUUGUGAGUUCAAAUACCGUGUUCUUCAUGUAAGAAUAUGAAAUCCAGCAGAGAGAUGUCUGCUGACUGGCUGCCAGUUCUGCAGAUCAUCGCAGUCAACCAGUCAGGGAUCUACUAUUUCAGGUACAGCAUCACACCUGUUGAAAAGUUGGGGUGGUCUGCCAUGCUGGAAGUACAUCAGUAAUUAUGUUCGCAUAGCGAGUUGGCAAUUCAUUUUGCAAAAAAAAAAAUAGUGUAAUUGCCAUCUGUUAAGCUUUCCUGUAAGACAUAUGUCCCAAUGAGGUGUUCAAUAAUACCACACCACACAUUUUACAGAAAACUGGUGUUUGAUGUGUAAUACUACAGUAUUCUUUGUAGAUUUUCAUGGUCCUGCAAAUGGGGAGAUCCUUCUGGUAGUGAUAAAUUAUGUUUCAUCAGUGAAUAAACUGGAAUGAUGCAUACAUGGGUGUGCAACAAACCAGUGGCAAAAGCCCUGCCUUCUUCGCAUGUUCUCACGUUCAAGGUGCUGUAUUUGCUAGGUACGUUUUGGAUACAGUCCUUUGUUGUGUCAUGUUUGCCCGACACUCAUAUGUGAGACGUGGAGGCAGGCAGAAGUUUCUCAAGUACUAACACAUGGAUUGUGGUGUGUCGUUUGAAUAAUAUCAUCUUCCUCUUCCACACACCAACACAUUGAAUGUUCAGCAAAUGACUCAUUCAUCUCUGAGCCACUUUCAUGCAACUGUUGAUGAAAUGUACUAAACACAGGUCAGUCUCGGAUUGUUUGCUGUGGAAAUUGUGCCAGUAUUCUUCAACUGCAGCGUCUGUGUUGCCAUUGCAAAUACUGUAUAUAAAGUGCAUGUAUAUUGCCUUCUUCAUUCAAAAAUGUAAAUGGCACAUUCACAGUUACAUUUAAUAACACUGUAACAGUCUGAUACAAUGCACAUACCUAACCUGACUAUAUGCUGCACUAGCUAGAGUACUGCUGAUAAGCGCACUUCCAUUUGAAAACAUCCAUGCCUGUUCACACUAAACAGAAAGCAUCCAUAAUUCCAGAACCAAUGAGAAUGAGACCCAUGUCCAUAUGUCAUUUCUGACUGAGAAUGACCUCACAAAUAAGAUCUUUCAAGUACUGGCAUGAAGUCACUAGACAUUCUGUAUUUUCAACAUUGUGACUAGACACGGGAUUUAGGUUGAUAGUUGGAUUUAUUGAACACUUAACAAAUCAUUACAGUGUGCUGUAAUCACCAUUGACCGUUGCUAGGUAGUGGCGUUUCCUCUACUGUUGCAUGUAGACUUCACAACAAUUCCCUUGCUGCUGCAUGUUUAUUUGUUGAUGUGGAAACAUAUUUGUUGCUUGUGCAGCAGUGGUUGUCUUCUGGCUUUCAUGUUGCAUUGCUGCUUCCUUGAGAUUGUUAGCCCCAUGUAGUCUACAGACAUAUCGCCAUAUAUUCUUCAAGGGGACAUGCCUUUGACAUCUGUGAUCGUCCUCACCAUUGGUACCAUUGCACUGACUCCAAUGUUUUUUUCCAGUUUCAUGGGCACAACUUUUGAAAAUGCUGGUGCUCCUGCAGUGCCAGCACGUAAGCUAUCAGUAGUCUCUUGUUUCAUUUGGGAGGGGAUCUAUCACUCGUUUUCCAGAACCUCGUGGAGUGUUAUCUCACCUCCAGAAGUAACUGCCAUUUUAGGCUUCAUUCUCUUAAGCCAUGGAUGAAUGCUUUGCCUGUUCCCAUAUUAACGUGGUCCUCUUGUAGUGUCGGAAAGGCAUUCAUGCAGGGACUCACCAUCGUCUUGGUCUGCAUUUUCAGCAGUGUGUGAUAGGCUACAACCAGGUGCUGGUCCCCAUAUUGGUUCUCAGGUGCCCCAUUAGUUUCACUGCACAUCGCUCUUUUAGGAUCUCCACGUAGAACAUUGGAAGCCUGGUCCACUGGGCCAUUAAGGUGAGUGGCUUUUACAUUUGGUGUCUCUUUAUAGUGCUCCACUAUGGCCUCUAUCUUUUAUUGAUUGGCCUCCAACUUUUUGUGGCUGGCCCUCGCUGUGGCCUUCAUUUCUUCAGGCCAGCCUUAAUUUUGGCUGUCAUUUGUUCCCGACUGGCCUUUAUUGUGACCUCUUGUCUUUUUGAGGUAGGAUUUGCCUGUUAUAGGCAGACCUCCAUCUUUUCUAGGUUGAUAUCCAUCUGAAAGUUGAGAGAACCCAUCUGGGCUUUCAUCUCCUUGUGACUGGGUCUCGUUUCAUUUCUUGAGUGGGUUUGAUACAUGCUGUGACAUUUAACAAGAGUCCUGAGUUCGUCAUAGUUAUCACGUGUUAGUGACUGGGCACGGGGUUUGGAUUGAUAAUUGGAUUUAGUAAACAUUUAUAACCCGUAACUGCAAGUAAUUAACACAUUUCUGCUAAUUCAUCAUACCAGAGAUAUCAUUGAACACACAGGACUUUACUUCAAGGUUCCCUGUCAAAGUGGCAUGUACCCUGAAAGGUAUUGUAGACAGCAGCGGCAGCAUCACCACCUAACAUGCAUUCGUGUGAAGUAUGAUGAAUUUUCAUUACUUGUAAGGCCAUCUGAAAGUAUAGGGCAGAACUGACAAAUGAAGGCUAUGAAACACACUUUCCCACUCACUUCCAAUCGGUGCCAAGGUCAAGUACAUGUGGCUCUAUACAUCUACUUCCCCGUGUGUAUUCAUGACACAGUGCUUAAUUACUUACAUGCACGGACAACUUCAUGGUUCUCCCUUCUCUACAAGUGCUUGCUAGCCUUAUCUUUUGACCAGAGCCAAUUUUUGCCUUUUGCUUCAUUUUAUUUGUAACAACCUGUAUGUAUUUACAUAAUAUUUAAUUUUAAUUGAAAUAUGGCAUUGCCAUGCCGUUAAAUAAUACCAUAUAGUGCUGAUGCAGUCUGUUAGGAACUGUGUGGAUUUAAUUGCAUCAUAAGUAAUAGACUACAGAUGUCUGAAUAUUCAUAAUUAAUGUUUAUCCAGCCUUUUUAUAGUAUUGGCAGGUUAUUUUUGCAUCUUACACCAUAAUAAAUUUUCUUCCUUUCUUGGGGUUAUGGGACGUGUUCAAGUAUUCUGCUCUGUUUUAAAACAUGUUAUGAGACAGGUAUUGUCUGUGGUGCUAAAUCUCUAUUGCCAGUGUACCUAAUAAUUUAAUAGUGUGGUAAUGAAUUCUAUCGGCUAUAAGCAAGGAGCAUGAAACAAUUGUAUUUUUAAUAUGACAUGAAGAAUGUGAUUGAUUUUUAGGUAUAACCUUCAUAAAUUGGACAUAAGAUUACAUUUGUUUCCAUGUGUAUGUUGUGUAUGAACAUUGUAAAUUUGUAGGUAUGCCUUAAUUUAACGGGGCUAAAAGUGACUCAUUAUGUUCUGUACAUUCUGCAGUGUAUUGUCUUUGUUCCUCAAAGCAGCAUUAUAUUGUGAUGGUGGGUUACCUAGGUUUUCAGGUAUCCCUCCCACAAUAAUGGCAUUGCCUGUCAGAAGUAAGGUUUGAUUUGUACAUAAUUACUAGAUCUAUAAUAAAUAUAUAUAUAAUAUAUAUGGUUACAAAGGUAUUAAAUUAUUUCAGUGAAAUUUAUAGUAAAUUAGUUUAUUACUGGAUCAUAUUAUUGUAUGUAAUCAUUUUUCAAGGAAAGAAAAAUUGAAGAAAUUGUAUCAUGGUUGGAAAGCAGAAUAUUUCAUACUGUUAUUUUGUGCUUAUGUAAUAAUGAACAUUAUACAUUAUUUUUAUUGUUGUUACAAUUGCAUUUCCUAUAUAAAUACUGGCUGAAUUAUUA